UUUAUAAAGAUUAUCUGGUGCUUUGACAUAUGAGAAUACAAGUAUGAGUCUCUACAGCUGAAACAUGUUUCUGAAUUAUCCUUAAAUUACAGCCCUUAACAGAAAAAGAACAUAGUCCUACAGCGCGUAUUUUCUGAAGACCGUGCAGAGAGUGCUUAUCUAAACAACAAUGCAUUUCUGGCUAUUAUAUUUUUAAAAUGUAUUAUUUUGUAUGCGUUUGUAACUAUUUCGUAUCCGCCCAGUGCUGCGGUCGGGAAAGUAGAGUCGAGCUGUAAAGAUAGCUGCAGUUUGGGGAAACGCGUGUGGGAAUAAGAAAAUCCCAUUCUGUUUAGACUGACAAGCUAACAGCGCUCCUAACAGAAGCUGCAAAAUCUUGUGCUAUAUGCAUUUGAUGAGGGGGGGGGCACCGAGCCAGAAAGGAGGGAUUAGACCCGAUGGUCAUUUCUUUUGCCAGGAAAUCCAGCGGGGAGAAAUCUGUUAUGCAUAUUGUGGAGCAGAACUAAAGCGAACAGCUCUGCUGAUCGGACCACGAUAAGCAGCAAUCUCAUCUGCUUUCAGUUAGCGCAGGCAAGCAUUCGCACACAAGCGUGCAUGCUUUUGUGUAUCUGCAUCGAAAUCCAUUCGUUCGCUUUUUUAAACCGUGCAUUCCCUUUUGUUUUUUCUAAGGUGAAUACUUCUUCAACACAGGAUGGUUUGUGCUGUUUUGUGAUGUUUGGAUGAUGGCGGAGGGACGGGCGAUCGAACCUGGAUCGGUGUCGAUGCUAAAUCCAGCCGCUGUAUUGGCAACAGAUUCAUCCGAACUGCCUGGGUACAGCAACGAUCCGCAUCAUCUGUCUUCUACCCGGGCGUUGUUGGAGGUUGCGGCGGCGGCGGUGGCGACCGGGCAGGGUGCCGGAGGAGCGGAGCCUGUGGUCUCCAACGGGAGAUGUAAGGAGGAUGGGAGCCCCCAUUCCGGGAGCAACAGCAGCAGUAGCCGGGACAAUUCUGCGGAAAGGAAUCCGGCUAACCUUCGGAGCAGCAUCAUGAAGGACGGGUCCCGUCAGAGGCAGGUGCGGAAGAAGACGGUCUCCUUCAGCUCCAUGCCCAGCGACCGCAAGAUCAACAGCACGGCGGCCUGCAUGUCUUUCAUGGUGGAGGGCUGUGAGAUGAAGAAAGUACGCUCCAACUCCCGGAUGUACAACCGCUUCUUCAUCCUGGACCCGGACAUGAGGUACCUGCGAUGGGAGCCCUCCAAAAAGGACUCUGAGAAAGCCAAGUUGGAGAUCAAAACCAUCAAAGAGGUGCGGCUUGGCAAGAAGACCCCCGUCCUCCGCAGCAACGGCCUCUCGGAUCAGUUUCCUGACGAGUGCGCCUUCUCAAUCAUAUAUGGGGAGAAUUACGAAUCCCUGGAUUUGGUAGCAAGCUCGGCGGAUAUCGUGAACACUUGGGUGAUGGGUCUGAGGUAUCUGGUGUCCUAUGGGAGGCACGCUGUCGAGGCCAACCCAACGAGCCUCAGGACCUCCUGGAUCUCCUCUGUGUUUGAGGUCGCUGACUUUGAGAAAGAAGGCCAGAUCGUCUUGUCCAGGGCUGUCCAGAUCAUCAAAGGGCUGAACCCAGGAAUGAAGGCUUCCAGGAUUGAGCUGAAAUUUAAGGAGCUGCAGAAAUCCCAGGGUAGGUACGGAGAGGACAUCACAAAUGAGAUUUUCACUGAGGCCUACUGUGAGCUGUGCACCAGGCCAGAGAUCUUCUUUCUUCUCAUGCAGUUCUCCAGCAACAAGGAGUAUCUGGACUGCAAAGAUCUGAUGCUCUUCGCGGAGGUGGAGCAAGGCAUGGAAGGGGUGACGGAGGAGAUGUGCGCGGAGAUCGUCAACAAAUACGAGCCAUCCAAGGAAGGCAGGGAAAGGGGCUACCUCUCCAUCGACGGCUUCACCCGCUACCUCCUCUCUUCGGAGUGCCACAUCUUCGAUCCCCAGCACAAGCGAGUCUGCCAGGACAUGACCCAGCCGUUGUCUCACUACUACAUCAACUCAUCCCACAACGCUAGCCUCUUGGAGGACCAUUUCUGGGGUUCCUCGGAUAUAAGGGGCUACAUCCGGGCCUUGAAAAUGGGAUGCCGGAGCUUAGAGCUUGUGGUGUGGGAUGGGCCAGAUAACGAGCCUUUGAUAUAUGUUGGACACUCUGCGUCAUCGCAGGUUGCCUUCUGCAAGGUUGUUGACAUGAUCAAUCAGUAUGCAUUUGAAGCGUCCGAGUUCCCAUUGAUUCUUUGCUUGGUGACGCACUGCUCAGUCCAGCAACAGAAGGUCAUGGCUCAACACUUGAAGAAGAUUCUCGGGGAUAAACUCUACCUAGACCCGCCUGACUUGGAAGAUAAUUAUUUGCCCUCUCCCAAUAAUCUCAAAGGAAAAAUCCUCCUUAAAGGGAAGAAGCUUCCCCCAAACCACCCCGAUUCUGAAGGAGAUGUCACUGACGAAGAUGAAGGGAUAGAGAUGUCUAGAAGGUUGGGAGAAGAGGAUAAAGAUCAGAUGAGCGGAAGGCUAAGGCUCUGCAAAGAGCUUUCUGACCUGGUCUCCUUGUGCAAGUCCGUCCAGUUUAAAGAUUUUGAGGUGUCCAAGAGAUACCAGAAAUAUUGGGAGAUAUGUUCGUACAAUGAGGUGGAUGCUAAUAGGUUUGCCAACGAAUACCCGGAAGACUUUGUCAGCUACAAUAAGAGGUUCCUCUCGAGGGUGUACCCAAGUCUGAUGAGGAUUGAUGCCAGUAACAUGAACCCUCAGGACUUCUGGAAAUGUGGCUGCCAGAUCGUCGCCAUGAACUACCAGACCCCCGGACUGAUGAUGGAUCUCAACAUUGGCUGGUUCCGCCAAAACGGGAACUGUGGCUACGUGCUUCGGCCAGCUAUCAUGAGGGAGGAGGUGUCCUACUUCAGUGCCAACGCAAAGGACUCCCUGCCUGGGGUCUCUGCUCAGCUUCUCCACAUGAAAAUCAUUAGCGGCCAAAACCUACCCAAACCUAAGGGCUCCGGUGCCAAAGGAGACGUAGUGGAACCGUACAUCUACGUGGAGAUUCACGGGAUCCCAGCUGACUGCACUGAGCAAAGGACUAAAACCGUCACUCAGAAUGGAGACAAUCCGAUUUUUGACGAGAGUUUUGAGUUUCAGAUCAACCUCCCGGAACUGGCGGCUUUGCGCUUUGUAGUCCUGGAUGAUGACUACAUAGGGGACGAGUUUAUCGCACAGUACACCAUCCCCUUCGAAUGCCUCCAGCCUGGGUACAGGCAUGUGCCUCUCCAGUCUUUGACCGGAGAGUUUCUAGCGAACACCACAUUGUUUGUCCACAUAGCUAUCACAAAUCGGAGAGGAGGUGGCAAAGCACACAAGCGGGGUCUGUCGGUACGGAAAGGAAGAAAAGCACGGGAGUAUACGUCUACUAGAACUACCGGGAUCAAGGUCAUCGAUGAGGUCUUUAGAGCAGCCACGCAGCCACUUCGAGAGGCUACUGAUCUCCGGGAAAACGUGCAGAAUGCCAUGGUGUCCUUCAAGGAGCUGUGUGGCCUGACCCCUGCUGCCAACAUGAAGCAGUGCAUCCUGACUGUGUCCACCUGGCUGCUGAACAGUGACAACACCGUGCUGGUGACUCUGAAUCUCAGUGGGCGCUAUCCAGCUAUGGAGAUACAGGGGCCAAUCCCCGAGCUGCUUCGCAAGGUGCUCACAGCCUACGACACGAUGACUCAGACCAGCCGGACUCUGAUUGAAUCUGCGGACGCUGUCUAUGCCAAGAUCAUGCAGAUUCAGAGGACUGGGAUGGAUUUCCAUGAAGACUUGCACAGGAUAGGAGCUAAGGAGGGGCUGAAGGGAACAAAGAUGCAGAAAGCCGUGGAGAGCUUUGCUUGGAACAUCACAGUAUUGAAGGGCCAAGCAGACCUGCUGAAACAUGCCAAGCACGAAGCCCUGGACACCCUGCGGCAGAUCCACUACGCAGCGCAGUCCUGCGGCCUGAGCAGGGACAGCUCUGCCUCCCCCGACCUGCUCCGCAUGCGGCCAGGGCUGGAGCCCAUUCCUGAGGCAGAGAACAAGAGCGACGCCGGCUCCUGCUGACCCCGGCACAAGGAGAGGGGGAGGAGGAGGAGGGCACUUAAAGAGACCACAGAGGAGGGCUCCCCCUGGCUCACCUGGGAACUAACCACCUUGAAACAGUCCUGCAAUCCCUCCGUUCACCUCGGGAAUUGUUCUGAAGGACUUUGGUUCAAUGCACUUUGUGGAUGGUUGAUAGCCAGGGGUGGCCAAUGUGGAGUCUGUGCCUAGCCCACAAGUUGAUCUUUGCUGGCACAGUCAUGCCAACCCCAGACCAAGCUGAUCUCAUGCUGAACUUUGACAGUGACCCCUGUUCCACAGUUUCUUCGCUCUUUGGUUGGGGAAGUGUUGAAGCAGGUGGAACAAUGGCCUGUUUUCCCUUUAAACAAACAGGUUUUAAAAACUCAAAGCACUUUUAAUUGCUGAUUUGAAUAGUGCCUCAGCUAAAUCUUGUGCAUCGAGUGUUCAUUUCACCUGGGAUUUUCCACUGAUAGAUUAAUAGCAACUGGAAUUAUUACUAACAUACCAUUUUUAACGUAUCACUGGGGCACACGGUAAGGUUAUUGUCUGCAAAACUUCAAAAAACAAACAAGAAAACUUAACUUUUAUUCUGUUAAUGGCUACUGUGAAUCUUGUAUGAUUAACAAACUGUAGCAGGACUAUUAAAAAUCUGUUGUAACUAUAA